UCGAACAGCUUACGGUUUGCUGCCGAGUACCGUCAGAUCGCGUCGUACUCCGGAAAAUUUAAAAGAAAGUUAUCAGUUGUUAAUUAAUACAGUAUAACAACGUGUCGUGCGGAACGGCGUGAAUUAUGGGUGUGUUAUGAUCAAAGAUCUUUGUUUAUUUCAAAAGAGACUUGUUUUUCUUAUUUCUAUAAACACCACGGAGCCAUUGACUUUCUGGAAAGAUCGCAAAUCGCUCAGAACGUGACAGAGUUGCUCAGAGUGUAACAUUCUUGUAGAAGAGUUUCUGUAAGAUCCACGAUUAUCCCUCUUUUAGUCAUGAGUUCUGUUAUAGAAACUAUAAACGCUAAAGAUAUUGCGAACAGCCUUCAUGAGAAGGGUAAAGAUGUAGCCAACCGAAAUGCGUUUACGGAUGUUUUACGUGAGACGACCGCCGAUGUAUUGCGAAAAAGAAUACAGGAAAUAAGAGAGGAUGUUUUGGGGCACGUUAACAAACGCUUUAAUGACAUGAUGUCCGAGGUUCUGCAGAAGCUAGAAGUACCUUUGGUAAAGAAUGGGGAACUCUUGUACAGUACGGAUAAAUACCGUGAUAAAAGAGAAUCCAGCAAAGAAGGUGCACUACCGAAUAAGGAGUUCCUCGAAAGAAACUCAUUGCUCACCGAUCUCUUCGAGAUCCCGCACAUUCGCACAGUUUACAAUCUGUUCAUGGUGACUCUCAUACUCCUAUUUUUCAACACCAUCGUAUCCGAUAUCAUGGAAUCCGGAACGUUCCACGUUGGUACUAAUACGUUAUGGAUUGGUUUCGCAAAGUUUUCAACGUGCAUCUACAUUUGGUCAUUCAUGCAAACCUCGACACUUAGUGUCUACAUGGCUUUCACCCUUUGGGCGCACCAACGACUUCGAUUCUUGCCAAAAUCUUCCAUUCUAAAAUUGUGGGAUUACACCUGGCUAUCAAUAUUUAUAUCGUAUCUAAUUCUUUUUAUCAUUUUUCCUAUUAAGACAAUGCUCAACGCGAAUCUCUCCAUAGGUUGCAGUUUAAUUGUUAUUAUGGAACAAAUACGCAUGAUGAUGAAGACUCACGCCUUCGUCAGAAGCGCGGCACCCAGAUUUUUGUCGUAUAAACCUCACAGCGAAAUUCCACGACCGAGUGGCCCCACAUUCUCGCAAUAUCUAUAUUUCCUGUUCGCACCAACUCUUGUAUACCGCGACGAAUAUCCCAGGACCAAAAGAAUCAGGUGGAUGGUGGUAAUUCGAAAUUUCGCUGAAGUCGGCCUAGCAAUUUUCUAUCUUGCCUUUAUUCUGGAACGUCUUGUAUUACCGGUCUAUCACGUAUAUGAAACACAACAUUUGGAACGGAAAUGGUUCGUCAAGAAUAUCAUCGAGUGUAGUAUUCCUGGCAUUCUCUACUUCAUCACCGGACAAUAUCUCCUGCUACACGCGUGGUUAAAUGCUUGGGCGGAAAUGCUGCAGUUCGCCGACCGAUUGUUUUACAAGGACUGGUGGAACAGCACGACUUACCAUACUUACUACCGCAAAUGGAAUGUGGUGGUGCAUGAUUGGUUGUACACUUAUAUCUACAAGGACAUGUACGAGAUCUUGGUGCCACGCAAUCGAAUGCUGUCAGCUAUUGCCGUAUUCCUUGUUUCCGCCAUUGUUCACGAGUAUAUACUUGCAUUCGGAUUUGGCUUCUUCUAUCCUGUGAUGUUCAUGUUAUUCGGAGUCAUAGGUUUCGCCAUGUUCUACGUCCGCAAAAUCAUCACCAGCAACGUCUUCAUGUGGCUGACCUGGAGUGUUGGCAACGGCAUUAUGUUCAGUUUAUAUGCGAUGGAGUUCUACGCCCGGCACAACUGUCCGCCUCUUUCUAAUUAUUAUUUGGACCUAUUUGUACCACGCAGCUGGAGAUGUCAAAAACAAUUUAACGCGUAAAUUAUUGCCUCGCUCGUUUAAAAAUAAAAUCUUUUCGAGACAAUAUAUUUCUUGUUCUCUGCAAUCAAAGACUAUAUAUUUAUAAGAACUGUUAUGUACGAAAUUUGUGUAACCAAUUUAGUGUUAAAUUGGAAUAUAAUAAGGAGUGGUUUGACUCCUUGAGAACGAAAUCGCAAUAAUAAGAGGAUCAAUAGGAAUCAGACGCAAUUGUUAGUAAACAAUAUAAUUGAUUUAUGGAAUUGCAGCUCUUAAUUUACUUGUUACAAUUUUUAGAUAAUGAAAGUAAUGGCAACUUUUUCUCUAAGCCAUCAAUGAAAAAAAUUGGAAAUGGACGAAAAUAUUUUUUUCACGU